GGCUCCCUCCAGCCGCCGCCGUCCGGCCGAGCCCCAGCUCCGGAGCUGCUGCUGCCGCUGCCGGGACAUGGUCCUCUGCGUUCAGGGGUCUGAAGUUCUCCAGACUGAUCUGACAGGAACUCGAAAGCUCCAGGGAGAGAGAAAGGAGAGAUGAGUGAGUGUCCACACCCAGGGAGAGCUGGGUGGCCCAGUGACUGUUGUUAUCAGAACUGGCAUAGUACCAAGUGAAGAAGGGUAGAAGGUGGGGCAAGGCUGAAGUGCCCCUUGCCCUGAGCCGUCCUGUUUCCAGGGAGGCAAGCUAGGAAGAUUGUGCUACUAUACUUUUCCCUGAUGGUCUCCAGCAUCUCCCUCCUCUGAAUUUUGGACUCCCGAACACCCCCACACCCUUGUCCUCAGGACCCCUCCCCCAAUUCUGGGGUCCCACAUUCUCCUUUUACUUUGUUCCAGACGAAGGCCCCUUGGGACCUCAGGGCCAGUGUUCGGUGUCAGGGAGCAAGAUUUUUAAGACCUCCAAAUACACAGCCACAACCCAGCUGGUGCCCUCCUGGGGUAGGGAGCAGAGAUUCCCAAAUGUAGGUUUCAGCUGCUGGCUUUGCUUGAGGGGCCCACCCUCAGGGCUGAGUAUGCUCCCCUGGCCUGGGUCCCCAGUCAGGACUCACAGGCGGGGCUCCGCAACAGGUACACACACAUACAGGCACCACACCUGGAACACACAAGCCAUGGCCCUUGCCAUGACGAUGACAGCUGUGGACACACCCCUCCUCAGGUACACAGUUACUGGCCAGGAGCUUGCGGAGAGCACUACAGCUGUUUCACACACCGAGACACCAUGUUGACCCUAGAGGUGCCCACACCCACAAGGGUCCUGCUAAGCUGUCUGGACGUGGCCACACUGGAGGCUCUGGCCUGAGUGGCUAGCCUGAGCUGAGUUCGGGGACCCAGCAGGCAGGCCACCAGCUGGUUGCUUAGAGCUUGGCCUCUGUUUCCCCCAGUAGGAUUCCAGAGCACCCGUAAUGCACCCAGAGUGGCUGUGGAGAGGUACUACGCAGACUAUGGUGGACCAGGGUCUUGUGACCCCUUCUCCGGGUUUGUUAAAAUCUUCUAACGCUCACCUAUAACCUACACUGUGAGAUCUGGCUCGUCUGCCUGCGUCCCACCAAGGCUUCUGUCCACCUCUUCCCGCCUCCUAAGAAGUCCCUGGCACUGUUUACCUGUGCUGUCACCUCUGCCUGGAGGGAGUGCCUUCCCCCUCCUCCUUCCUUUGGCCUCACAGACUCAGCUCAGGAACAGGCAGACCUUGACCCCCCAUGACACCCUUUGCAUGUAUGACUUUGGGUUAUAAGUUCUCCUUGAAGGCAAGGCCCAUGGUUUUGUUAUCUUCGUGUCCUGAGGCCCAGCAGGGGACCACACCCAGAACUGAGGCCUGAGGAUGUAUUUCCUGAGGAGUGAGGAAGGGCCAGCAGUCUCUUCCUUGGGAUCCAGGGCCCAUGCCCCUCACUCCCGGGAAGCCCCAGGAUCACCAUGCUGGGUGGCCUUCCCCUAGACAAAGGCUACUGCUCAGAUUGGGGCUGGCUCAGCAACCCAACUCUAGCCAUCUGAGAAUACGGUAUAGCCAAACCCCGCAGGAUCUGGACUGGUAGCAUCCCUCAUUAGGGGGUGGAGAAGCUGACAGCAACGUUCGCAUAAGAUCAUAAAGCCUAGUAGGGCUGGCUUGCCAGGGUGGGAACUGGAAUGUGGUGUGAGUACCCUGCCCUUUGCGGGAAGCUUAUGUUUGUGGGAGGUGGGACUUGCCAGUGCCUUUAGAGGUCAGUGUCCACCCCAGACUCCCAGCUGGGAGGAGAAAACAGGAUGGGAGUCUGACCUGUUUGGGGAGAUUGGUCCAGCCUCUCAGCCCUGGCCAGUGUGGACCUAGGUUCCUCUGACAGAUACUCCUAUCCAAGGGGAGGUAGCAUGUGACCUCAGGCAUCCUACCAUAAUUUGGGGGCCUCUCUGGAGCACCCCAUGAAGGCCCAGGCCAUGGCUCAGGUGGGACCAGUGCCAUCUAAUCAGCCCCCCGCAGCCCACAGGGCACCAAUGGGAGGCUUCUUUGCACUGGAUCCUACCAAUGGCGGGGACACCAGUUGCCCAUCCUGAGCUAGAAAUGCCUAUAGGGAAUGAUCUGCGUUUUGGGUUGGUACGCAAUAGAGAGAUUAAGUACUGUUCAAAAAAUGCAGGAGGGUGGAGAAGGCUCUUUCAAAAGAGAAUCACCACCUGGGGGAAGCCAUCAAGGAGGCUUUUGUGGUGACAGCUGGGAGGUGGUAUGCUGACCUCAUUGAGCCCACAAGGGGGACACUGAGAUGGACUGGCCAGAGGUCAUGUCGCUGGUCCGGGGCACAGGGGGUCUCUGGAAAUAGGGCGAGCACGGGGCCUCCACUCACUGCCCAUCCACCCUCGUCUAGACCUUGUUCUCUGCUGGCUGUGGAGCGGAUCGGGCAGCGGCCCCUGGGGGCCCAGUCCCUGGAGCUGCCCGAACCAGUUAUGCAGCCUUUGCCUGCCGGGGCCUUUCUGGAGGAGGUUGGAGAGGAGACCCCAGCCCAGCCAGAGAGUGAACCCAAGGUGCUGGACCCUGAGGAGGAUCUGCUGUGCAUAGCCAAGACCUUCUCUUACCUCCGGGAAUCUGGCUGGUAUUGGGGUUCCAUCACGGCCAGCGAGGCCCGGCAACACCUGCAGAAGAUGCCAGAGGGCACAUUCCUCGUCCGCGACAGCACCCACCCCAGCUACCUAUUCACACUGUCGGUCAAGACCACCCGAGGCCCCACCAACGUGCGCAUCGAGUACGCCGACUCCAGCUUCCGCCUGGACUCCAACUGCCUGUCCAGGCCGCGCAUCCUAGCCUUCCCCGACGUGGUCAGCCUGGUGCAGCACUAUGUGGCCUCCUGUACCGCCGACAGCCGAAGUGACAGCCCUGACCCUGCGCCCCACCCGGCCCCGCCUACCCCGAAGGAAGACGUGCCCGGCGACCCGGCGCUGCCCGCGCCCGCAGUCACGGCCGUGCACCUGAAGCUGGUGCAGCCGUUCGUGCGCCGAAGCAGCGCCCGCAGCCUGCAGCACCUGUGUCGCCUCGUCAUCAACCGCCUGGCGGCGGACGUGGACUGCCUGCCGCUGCCCCGGCGCAUGGCCGACUACCUCCGACAGUACCCCUUCCAGCUCUGACGCGCCGAGCGCCUGCCUAGCCUCACCCGGCCGUACCCCGAGGGGACGGCGGCCCCAGCUGGACUUGGGCUCCCGCCGUCCCUCCUCCGGUCAGCCCGGUGACUACGUGCCCCUGAGCGGCCGGACCAGGAAGAGCCAGCAGGAGCAAAGGCUGGGGGGUGAGGGGCAGGGAAAAGCGUCCCACAGCCGGGAGGUCAACCCCCGCCCAGCUCCCUUGUGGCUCGUUGUGGAGAGCCAUGGGUCAGAAGAGAGGGAGACAGGCAGGACCUGGUCUCACCCUGUGGGCUGGGCCCAGGCCCCCACUUGCCCGCUGUGACCUCCUGAACUGUGUAGACUUUGCCGGCCCUGGUUUCUCAGUCCACAGGGUGGGGCGGGCCCCCUCCUUCCAGCCACCCUGUCUCGGGAUGGCGGCCAGAGGAACUGAGGUUGGCAGUGACCGUCCCCCGAUGGGGGAACAGGCCAGGCUGGGGGAUGGCAAAGUUAUACAGUAUUUAUUUAUUUAUUCUCCUGGGGUUGGUCUCGAGGUGAGCCAGCCCCACCUCUCUGCCCUGAGCCCUGAGUGCUCUGGAGACCCCAGCUCUGCCCCAGCUUCUCUGGUUCCUUCUUGUGGAGAGCCCCAUCCUGAGACCUGUUGCUGGACCCGAGGCAGUUCUGGAUAUCCUGGCGCUGACCCACCCACCUGUGAAUGUGUCCCCUCUCUUCUGCCCCCAGCCCUGCUUUGGGAGGGUGGGUAAAUGGACAAGAAAAUGGAGCCAAGGUGUCAGUGCCCAGCAGAGCCCGCCGCAGGGCAGAGCCCUACCUGCGCAGGGCUGGUCUGGCUGGGCCCCGGGUCUGCUGGGCCCGCUUCCUGCCCAGGAAGGCACCUGCACAUGAGAGGGAAAGGAACACGUAUCUGAUAAGACUUUAUAAAAUAAUUAUUAUUAUAACAGGCAAAACCCAGUUCAGUAGUCUUUUUUUCUUCUACUGAUUUUUUCUGUAUCAACAAUAAAAUUGUACUUUUCAUUUAAGGAGCCCUCAGUGGGUCCUCUUUUGAGUUCUCA